AGCCGAAUCGCAGUCACCACUCGCAAGUACGAAACCUUCACAUCCCCCUUCGUCUCGUCUCCGGAUUCCCCAAAUCCACAGCCCGCAGGCGCUGCAGGAUCAGGCUCCUCUCGGUCGGCGGCCGCCUCGUCGUCCCGCCCGCUCGAUUGGGUCGCGUGUGCGAUAGGAAGUUCGUCAUACGCCUCGCGGUUUUUCUAGUUCCUGUUCUGAUUUGUGUGCGCUUAAAUUUUCGUUCCGAUUGAUCGAUCUGCUUAGGUACGUGAGGUUGUUUUGAUUGCUCGUGGGUGCGCGUAGAUGAUGAUGAACUGAUAAUGUCUAAUUGUUCUGAUUUUGGAUAUGGUGACUAAUUGCUCGACUUGAUUGCGGAUUGUGAUGACUGAUUGUUUGAUUUAUUUUGGUAUAUACGGUGGAAUAUCAGUACAUUUGGCGCUUGAUUGAUUGUGCGAGCUGUAUAAGAUGUCCAUCCCCUUAAUUUCUUUGCAACCACUGCAUGUGCCUGAUUCGUUUGGUUUGUACCGAUAGCUUUGGGUGCCUAUUUGAGAUGAGACUGAAGAUUCUAAGGGUUCUGCUUGCUCCUCUAGGUUCGUGGUCAUGUUCGUUGCAUGGUUGAUGGUGGCCAGUAGUUCUCUGAUAUCUGGUGAUAAUGGUUCCACGAUGCCUGUAAGCGGUUGAUUAUGUAAGCAAGAAGAUGUGCUAUAGUUUAACAUUGCCUGUGUGAAAGAAGUCCCCGUGCACUUUGUGCAUGUAGAAGUUCAGGGCUUAUGUACUGCCAUAAGCAAACGCAUUUUGUGACUUCAUGCAUACCGCAUUUUUCUUGCUCUAUCGUCUCUCCUUGUGGCACAAUACUAUGCCGUUUUGCAUCCUCGUUUGACCGUCCUUUGCAAAUACUGUUGAGCCGAAGUCGAAGUUGCAGUUCUGGCAACGUAAUGGGGUACCUAGCAUCUUCUGGAUGGUUCCUUUAUGUGCCCCACUUACACACAUGCGAAUGGAAGGAGGAGUUUGUGGAGUACUGGCAGGCUAUUCAUUUCUGCAUUCCUUGUGAGAGAAUUAGGGAGGGAAUUUCUCUUAUGCAGGUCACGUAAACACUGGGUUACCAGUGAUCUGAGACGAUCUCUAUUCAGUUGGGAAGUAGAUAUAGGUUAAAUUUCAGGUCUGAACCAGUGAAAUCUCAAGUAGAACCUUAGGAUGAUGCGUGAAAGAGGCAUGCUGGUUUUCUCCAAGAUACUUCUGCUCAAAGAAUCAAUGGAUUGAAAAUCUCGUAUGGAUAUAAGUGCUUGUUAACUAGAGAUUUUGAAGAUGAAGCUGAUGUCUUCUGGAGAGAAUGGGGGUGGACAACGCGGUAAAUUUGGUGCAGAUGGAUGCUGUGUUCGAAUUGCUUGGGAGUUCUCUGGAGACUGGAUGGAUACCUAUCGAGUAGUAUUAUUCCCCUCUCGACUCACUGUCCAGAUAGUUAGUGCUAUCUGUGAUUGUUGGGUGAUCAGUUUAUCGAGAUUUUGCUGCUGGAGCUGUUCGGCGUUGCUUUCACCUUUUGUGAUGCCUGAUCUUCGGCAUUAUAUGGCAUUCCAGAACUGUGCGCAGUGGUUUCCUUGAAUUUAGGACCUCCGACUGCAUUCUGUAUUGAGGACAGUCCUGCUAAAUACAUGAUACUUGCAGGUGUUUGUGUUGUGUUUGCAACGUGAUAGCUUUCAGAGGUUAAAAAACAGUCAAAAUGGUCGCAUUGGACCUGCAUCUUGAGUCUGCUGCUGCUCAACAUGGACAAGCCAAGCUAAAUGUGGAAGAAUGUGCCAAGGGCUCUUUGCUGUCUGGUGGAAAUUACAAAGAAGAGAAGAUCGAUGGUUCAGAUGCUGAUGAUUAUGAAAAAUUUGAGAAAGGAAUAAUGCACUAUGGGUGUCCACAUUACAGAAGGAGAUGCCGCAUACGAGCUCCUUGCUGCAAUGAGAUUUUUGAUUGCCGGCACUGCCACAACGAAGUUAAGAAUUCCAUUAAAGUCGAUACAAUGAAGAGGCAUGAACUUCCACGCCAUGAAGUGCAGCAGGUUAUAUGCUCAUUAUGUGGCACAGAACAAGAGGUUCGGCAAGUAUGCAUCAAUUGUGGUGUGUGCAUGGGGAAGUACUUCUGUGGAUCGUGCAAGCUCUUUGACGAUGAUGUUUCUAAACAGCAGUAUCACUGCAAUGGAUGUGGAAUAUGUAGAAUUGGAGGGAGGGAGAAUUUCUUCCACUGCUCAAAAUGUGGAUGUUGUUAUUCAAUUGUGCUGAAGAAUAGUCAUGCAUGUGUUGAAGGAGCAAUGCAUCAUGACUGUCCAAUCUGCUUUGAGUACUUGUUCGAGUCGACAAAUGAUGUUUCUGUCCUGCCUUGUGGUCAUACCAUUCAUGUAAAGUGCUUGAAAGAAAUGGAGGAGCACUGCCAGUUUGCAUGCCCACUUUGCUCCAAGUCAGUUUGUGACAUGUCCAAGGCGUGGGAGAGACUUGACAUGGAGCUGGCAACUCUCUCUGAUUCUUGUGACGACAAAAUGGUCCGCAUAUUAUGCAACGACUGCGGGGCAAUCUCAGAGGUGCAGUUCCAUCUGAUUGCGCACAAGUGCCAGAAUUGCAAAUCAUACAACACCCGCCAGAUCUGAAGAAAGUGAUUCUUUGAUUCUUAUGCGGUUUCUGCAUUCUUGAAGAAGCGCGAUGGCCCAUCCCCCGUGCGCGCCCGUUCGCCGCUGAGCUCACGGACAGCUAGCGGGACUCCUCCAUUGGGUGCUUCUGCAGAGGCAAAUUACUCGAGAUUAUCUGUGCUGUUAGCCGCCGUCAUUGAUUAUGCCUCUUCAGCAUGUUGCUGUAAUGCUGUUGGGUGCUUCAGCCUCGUUGCUUCUGUAGCUCCGUGGUUCCAGUGGGUCAUGUUAUAUUUCCUCUCACUUCAAGAUUGUGUCACUUGAGGUUCAGGUCCUAGAUAAGAUAAUUGCUCAAGCUUGUAGUUGGAAGUCGAUUCAUGCAUGUGUCUGUGUUGGGCAAGGAUCAGAGUUAUGUGGUUUAGCACCAAUUUUCUAGAUUUUCCAUGUUAUUAUAGUGCUGUUCUUGGUGUUUUCGAGUUGGUCUGUAAUUUCUUGGAACUACUUUGCUGCCUGUUCUUUCAGCUUGCAGCUUCAUCGGUCGAAAAUCGUCGAUAGGUCCAUUUCCACCUUUCCA